GCCUUCGUAUGACUGGAUGCACAAGAUGUCGGUGAGGCACAAGGCAAAGAGGAAGAGGAAAGUGCCGUUGGUUUUCAAACACAUCGAGCCCAAGGAACUGGCGGAACAGCUCACCUACAUGGAGUUCAAGGCCAUCAGACGCAUAUCGUUUGCCGAGUACAAGAGCUACACUCUAACAGGCAAAUUGACAGAUAGUCCCCGGCUGGAGAGGAGUAUUGCCCAGUUCAAUGGACUCUGCUCCUGGAUCCAGUGCAUGAUUCUGUCUGGAACUACUCCGAGAGAGAGGGCGGACACCAUCGCUAAGUUCCAGAGGGUCGCGGACGUGCUUUUGACGCUGCGUAACUACAACACCCUGAUGGCCAUAGUGGGAGCUCUGAGUGGCAGUUCGGUUUCGAGACUGAGCAGGACCCAGAGAGUGGUGCCCAUCUCAGUGCACAGUCGGAUAGCUGAACUGACCUCCCUCAUUUCGGCCAAGAGCAACUUCGCCCAGUACAGACAACUGCUGCACACUAUGAAGGGCAAAGAGAGCUUCCAUCUGCCAAUACUAGGAGUACACCUGAAAGACUUGAUUGCGAUUAACACUGCCCUGCCUGACAGAACCCAGACGGGGAAUAUAAACACCAGAAAGAUGGCACUACUCGCCAAGUGCUUCGAGAAACUCACAGGUCUACACAACAUGGCCCCCCACAUAGAGCCCAACACAGACCUCAUCAACAUACUUCAGCCCGCGCUUCUGUGUCUGAAGUACACUGAAAAUGAGAUAUACGAACUGUCGCUGGCACGAGAGCCGAGAACAUCUAACACCACCCACCGUCCGGAAGUGUUCGCAGAUUGGGCUGCAGGGGUCACUGCUAGUCUGGACUCACAGACUCUGGACCGACACCUAACAUGCAUGGUCGAGGCGGUUUUCAAGAACUACGACUCGGACGGUGAUGGAUUCAUCUCUCUGGAAGAAUUCAACGAGAUAUCCUCCAAUUACCCCUUCAUAGACGGAUUCUGCAUCCUAGACACCAACAAUGAUGGUAAAAUUAGCAAGGACGAGAUGAAGACGUACUUCAAGACAGCGAACAGUGUGAUGUUGAGAAGUGAGUUCAAACACGACUUCGGGGAACACACCUACUUCAAGCCCACCUUCUGCCAACACUGCACAGGGCUGCUGUGGGGCGUGAUCAAACAGGGCGUGCGGUGUCGUUUGUGUGGUCUAAAUGCACACAAGCACUGUUCACCCCACAUAGUGAUGGAGUGCAGGAACAGGAGCAGUGAGCCACACUUGAACAACUCUUCUAAUCAUGGACAUCAUGGCCGAGGGGACACUAAUGCCACUACCACAAACGGCAGCCAUAGAGGAAGCAGUGAUCACAACAGACACCACGACAGACAUGAAGAUGUUACGAUGGCAACUAAACGAAGGAUGUCGAAGCGUCACAGAUCCCACUACGAGCGCAGUUGCCAGACUGACCAGAGCUUCAUCAAUCAGCCAACUUUUUCAUCCAGUCAACAAUGCAGCAGCUCAUCCAUCCUGACAGCCAACACUUCCGCCACGACUUAUGCAACAACAGCAACCACCACAGCGCCUAAUCCAGUAGUUUACCCGACAACAUCAGCAGUGACAUCAACUAAUCCAGGGGUGCAAUCCGGUAGCACUCCUGGGUCGACGUCUCCACCACAGCUCAACCAGGUGCAGAUCCCGACCUCCCGGAUGUCAACUGGUUCGGGCUCGAUGGGAGGUGCAGGGGGUAAUGUGCACUAUGGGUCGUACAGUUCAGACUACAGUAGCUUGGAGAGCAGCACUGCUUACGCCACAGCCGAGGAAGAGUUGUCGGCGCUGCACGAGCGAAUACGACAAUACGAAGAGAAUCGAGAAGCACUCGUGUCCGACAAUAACCGACUAGUGCGUGAACUGUUUGCAGCUAAUGAGAGAUCGCACACUCUCGAGUUGCAAAUAGGCGAAUUAAAAGAACACACUGUCGCUUUUCUUCUCCAGCAAAUGGAAACUCUAAAACUCCCCAUAGUUACCACCAAAUCAGCCUCCGUCAAUCAUCUUGGAGGAACAAAUCCUAUUAGUGUUGCCGCCACGUCCACAUCAUUGUCCAAUAGUCGCUCAAUGGACAAUUUCGAACACGGACGAGAGAGAUUCGAAAAUGGUCGGAAAAACGAGCGAAGCGAUAGUCACGUGUGAAAUUAAACUGCAAAAAACUAAGAAAAAACAUUUUAAACAAAACUUCUUCAAACUAAAUUGACAUUUAUGAAUUAUGAGUUUCUAAAAAUUUUCCUUGAUGUAAAAAUAGCUGCAUUCCCAUUUUUGGACAAUUGUAAAUUCAAUGUUUUUCAAUAUAUUGCGUUGUUUUGCCCGUUGGAGAGAAGAAUUACCCAAA